UUCUCCUUCUCUCUCUAACUAUCCUAACCCCACCACCACAACCCAGCUGCCACCGCCACCACCACCACAGAUCUGCCACCACCACCACUUCACCUGCAACUUUAAUCUGCUCCAAACUAGUUUUCCGGCAAAUUUCAAACCAGCUUUCCGGAAAUGAUAUUUAGAGGAACCGACACGGUAGCAGUGCUGAUAGAGUGGAUCUUAGCAAGGUUGGUGUUACAUCCUGAUGUACAACAAAAGGUCCAAGAAGAGCUUGACCGGGUCGUGGGUAGGUCGCGUGCGGUGACAGAAGCCGACAUCACUAGUUUGGUUUAUCUACCCGCGGUGGUGAAAGAAGUUCUGAGGCUACACCCACCGGCAAAUUUCAAACCAGUUUUCCGGCAAUCAAAUCAUCAAGCUUAUUCAUCAUCACCUGCAACUCAUCUCACCCCUUCAACUCCCCUUCAACUCUCUUCCGUAACCGACUCUCACCCCUGCAACUCUCUCUUCCGUAACCGACUCUCACCCCUUCAACUCCCCAAUUAUUCAAACCCUAACUCACCCUCAAAUCUCCAAAUCUUCACAGAUCUACGAUCCAAAUCAAAAAAUUUCCGAUCAAUUCAUCUAGAUCUGAUAUUCAACACGAUGGUAGUCAACGGUCGUGGAUUGAAACGGAUGAAACGGCGAGUAACCGCCGAUCUCAACGACUUUUUAACGUUUCCGUCCAGCGAAGUUACGGCGGCGGAACCGUUUCGGACCGACGUGAGAACGUUUUUGCUCCGGCACGCGCUGCUUCCGCCGAUGUCGUCGCUGAUUCCGCAUCUGCUGAAGUGGCAGAUGUUGUUUAGGGUUGGUGAAAGGAGUGGUGGUGGUGAUGAUGCGUGUGUGUGUUGAGAGAGAGAGAGAGGGGGGUGUUUAUGUGUGAGAGAGAGAGCUGAUGUGUUGUGAGAGAGAUAGAGAGAGAG